CUUAUAUUAACCAAAUAACCGAUCGAAAUUACUCCGGAGGUCCUUCUCCGCACUCGGUCUCGGUUCCACCGGCCAAAGCUCUUCCAAGCAUCACCACGAAUCAACUGUUUGGUUUCUCGUAUCGUGGCUGUUUCAUUCGUCCCUGACCCGGUAUCGUAUCCGUAUUGUCAGACCUUAGUACUAACUGCUUCCCCCACAGUUUCUCUCGUCUGUCUUUUGCCCGAUAUAGCGAGGCCUGACCCUGCUCCCUCCUUCUUUUUCUCCCACGGCAUUUCCCUCCCAAUAUUAUCGUUUCCAUUGCUUUGAGUGCUUUGACUGAUUCCCAUUGUUUUAUUUGGGGCUAGAGGAUAGAUCAGGUUGGCUGCUAUGGGAAAGGUGUUCGACGCUGCCGAAGUGGCACAGCACAACACGUCGGAGAGCUGCUGGGUGAUUCUCUACGGCAAAGUAUACGAUGUCACCGACUUUCUAUCCAGUCAUCCCGGCGGUGCCAAGAUCAUCCUCAAGCUGUCGGGCAAAGAUGCAACGGAAGAAUACGACCCUAUCCACCCCCCGGGGGUAUUGGAGGAAAACCUGAGGCCUGAGGCGUUGCUGGGUACUGUAGACGAGAAUACUCUGCCCAAGGUGGAGGAGACGCCCGCCGCUGCGGAGGAGGAGCAGAAAGAAGGCCCGCCGCCGAUGGAGUGGCUGCUGAAUCUAGACGAGAUCGAGGAGGUGGCGACCAAACAGGUCAGCCGCAAGGCGUGGGCAUACUACUACUCUGCCGCCGACGAUAAGCAAUCGAAACGGUUCAACACGGAGGUGUACCGCUCCAUCCUGCUGCGGCCACGGGUGUUUGUCGACUGCACGAAGUGCGACCUCACGACGACGCUGCUGGGCCACCAAUUAGGUAUGCCAAUCUACGUGUCGCCCGCAGCGAUGGCGCGGCUGGGCAACCCGGCGGGUGAGGCGGGCAUCGCCGAGGCAUGCCGCAGCUUUGGUGCGAUGCAGCUCAUCUCCAACAGUGCGUCGAUGACCCCGGAGCAGAUCGUCGCAGACGCCGCCCCGGACCAGAUCUUCGGCUGGCAGAUCUACGUCCAGUCGGACCGGGCCAAGAGCGUCGCCAUGCUGGCCCGCAUCAACAAGCUGCCCGCGAUCAAAUUCGUCGUGCUGACCCUCGACGCACCGGUCCCCGGGAAACGCGAGGACGACGAGCGCGCCGGCCAGGUCGGCCCCCCGCCGCCCCCGCGCGGCAGCCUCAAGACCACCGACGAAUUGAAGGACGGCACCCCGGACGUCAGUAAAGGCGGCGGUGUCGGCCUACAGCUCUUCGCGGGGACGGACCCUUCCUUGACCUGGCACGAGACGCUUCCCUGGCUGGCACAACAUACCAACCUGCCCAUCAUCCUCAAGGGCCUGCAGACCCAUGAAGACGCCUACCUUGCUUCCCUGCACGGCCCGCAGGUCAAGGGCAUCAUCCUCUCCAAUCACGGCGGACGCGCUCUCGACACCGCCCCGCCCGCCAUCCACACCUUGCUUGAGAUCCGCAAGUAUUGCCCUCAGGUCUUCGACAAGCUCGAGGUCUGGGUCGACGGGGGGGUCCGCCGCGGCACAGAUGUCGUCAAGGCUCUUGCCCUCGGCGCUAGAGCCGUGGGUAUCGGCCGCCCGGCUCUCUGGGGGUUGGCCGCCGGUGGGGUGGAAGGUGUUAAAAGGACAUUACAAAUUCUCUCCGAUGAAACCAAGACAUGCAUGCGCCUCCUCGGCGUGGAACGAGUAGACCAACUGGGCCCGCAAUAUGUCAAUGCCCGUGUGGUCGAGCAGCAAAUCUACGAUGGUCCGAGUGGAUUGGAAGACUUACGCAAAGCCUUCAAGGCGAAACUGUAAAUUGGUACAUAUUUAAGCAGUUUAUAUGACAGGC